AAAGCAUUCCACAUGCUUUAGACAAUCAUUGAAGCGUGCUUGCUCACAACCGAUCGAACGGAUUUUUUGCGGUCGUAGUGAUUUCUUUCUACCAUUCAAGAAUUGAAGUUUGUUACCUCAUCGAGGACCCAGUGUUCUUGUUACCGUCAGCACGUAGGGCUACGUAUUUCAACUCAAGCUGUUCCGCUUUGAUCCACAUUAUAAGUACGGGAACAAGAAAACCGGACGUUUUGUCAUUGAUUCUGUGGCCUUCUUGGUUUCAGCGCUAAACAUCACGACGUUUCGUUCACCGUCGUAAAUCACAGCCAGGGAAACGAGAGACAAAUUAUGUCACUAAUGAAGAUGAUGGAUUUUGGAAGAAAUUUCUUGAUGAUACAUUUGACCUGGGUUCUAAUAAACCUGGCUGGAAUAAGCUCAGCUUCGAGCACCCCAGGUCAACCAAAAAACCUUCACGUUUCAAGUGUUCAUGACCUCACGAUCACGCUACGGUGGAGAAGACCACUGACUACUGCAGGCUUAACAGACAACUCCACACUGUCCUAUACUGUAUCAUAUCAGGUUGAUCAGGAUUCUUCCCUUAAACGGUUGAUCGUACCAACAGAGAGUGCUCAGCUUGAUUUAGCUUUUAAGAAGCAGUAUAAUAUAUUUGUGCAGGCCAUGCACAGGCAGGAUCAUCAAAUCAAAGGCGAUUGGUCCCGCAAAUUGGUGGUCAACACAAACAACUUGGUUCCAGCGAAACCCACCAAUUUUAAGAUUGCCAGUAUCAGGGAAAUAGGGUCCAAGUUCCAAGCGACAUUAACUUGGGACAAGCCAACCACAACUACCAGUGGGAUAACGGAUUCGUCCACAAUUAAAUAUUAUAUCAGCUACAAAGUUCUCAAAAGUGGUCCCAAUAGGCAAACGCAGAGUUCUUCAGAAAGAUAUUCUCUUCGCAGUCUUGCAGCGGCCUCAACAUAUCAGAUAAAAGUCAGAGCUUUUAAGACCUCUAAGCCAGAGAUGGUUAGCGAAUGGUCCGACCCCAAAAUACUUCAAACAAAUGAAUCAAGACCGAGCAAACCACCAGGAAAUGUCCGAGCCGUUUCUAACACACCUUCAUCGCUAACAGUCUCAUGGAGUCCAAUCCCUAAAGAUGGUCAAAAUGGCGUCAUUUUGGGCUUCGUUGUGUUUUACUGUGAACAGACUGAUUGUGAAUCGAAUAAAUGGACUAAAAACUAUGUAAAACUAGUUUUUUCUCACCAAUUGCAAGGUCUUGUGAGUGGAAAGCAAUACUCUGUCAAAAUAGCGGGAUAUACGAAGAUUGGUGAGGGAAGGAAGUCUAAACCGAUUAAGAGGGUUGUUAUCGGAGGCUCAUUUCUCACAACUACAAGAGAAACUACUUCACAAAAGUCAACAACGAUUGCCCCAGAAACGACGCAAAGUACGCCGAUCAAGUCUACAAAAACAGUGACUGUGCAUGUGGAAACAGUGACAAAUGUUUCAACAGAGAGCCUGACGACAAUUGUUGUAUUCCCCACCGAGCCAAAGAAAACAGAACCGACUUUAUCAAGGACUGUAGCAACUGUUCAAUCAACACUUUCCUCAGAGAAGGCUGUAACAAGCGAUCCGUCUGAGCCGCUCACACCAGUGGUUGCUAAACUUGAUCAAGCAAGAAAAACAUCUAAGGACAACAUGCUAAACAAAAUUCUCAUAAUUGGUGCUCCUGUGGGCGGCGCCAUUCUCCUGGUCAUCAUAUUCGUAAUUGUCUUCACCUUAACGCGGAAACGUUCACGCAAAAGAAGACAGCUGCUUCAAAAUGGCGCCAAGCCAAGGCGGUCAAGAAAUAUGGUAACAAGAGGGGCGUACAGCGUCCGAUAUGAGUCUCCUUCCGCGGCAUCCACCCUCGGUGGAGACUCCAUGACCGAGGGGCUGUUACCUACUGCAGAUGAACCAGAUCAACCUGAAAUUCUUGUAGAGCAACCAAAUGGAACAGUACCUAGCACAGACACGGAAAAUGUCCCUUUGGUGGCUUCCGGUUAUUCAGAAAAAUGCGAUCCUUUGCGGGUUGAUUUGAAUUCGGAGCAGAGUAAACUCGACGACGGGGCAUCUGCGGGAUUGUACGACAGUAUUGGAUCUCUGACAAAAAUUGGAUGCGCGCCCAAUGGCGGGAAAAGUGAUGAUGAAGAUCGUUAUGUCACUCAAGAUCAAAUCAACGCCGCGCGCCAAGCCACGCGUGAGGAGUCUCAGUCUCAGGCUCAGGCUUCUCCGGACGAGGGUCAUUAUAAAAUACCCAAAGAAGUAGCGAUGGAGGACUUCUAUAAAAGACCUAAGGAUGUUCUUAAUGGCAGCAACACGUACGUGAAUAUGAAUGGACUGCAAACAGAAAACUUAUAUGAAACCGUCGGGCCAAAAAGGCCUGAGGAGCCAGUAUACGAGAAUACGCCCGGUGGUGAUGAGGAGCACGCAGAUACUGAGGGUGGAAUACAACCCGAUUUAUUGUAAAAAGAAACGUAGAAGACUUUUGCAGUGCAGGAAUAAAUUUUUUCUCAAACGGUUAUGUAAACAUCAUUGGAAGCCUUGACAGCUAACUUAGAAGAGUGAUGAGGCACGGUCUUCUUAAGCAAUGAAGUGUUUUUCGUAUUACUAUAACUAAAGUAAUCAAAACGGCCCCCACAGGUUUAUGAAGCGCGGGAAAACGCGUGCGACCCUACAGGUUUAUGAAGCGCGGGAAAACGCGUGCGACCUGAUUGGUUGCGAGUGUGGAAUGAGUUUUCUGGACCAAUAGCGAAGCGAGGUGAAGAAAAACAAAACGAAUGCAAUCGUGGUUAACCCUUUUCCUUCUAGGAGUGACUGGCAUCUAAUUUCUCCCUACAAUAUCAGCCCUGAAUCACUCGUUAAAGUCACGAGAAUAAAAGAAAUGAUCAACAAUUGAAGCUCUUGAUUGUUUAACAAAUUCUCCUUGUCAGCACCUAAAGAAAUGUAUCGAGAACAGUAUGGAGAAUAUGCAUACUGAUGUUAGGGUCUAAAGGGUUAAUCCACGAUUACUUUUGACACUCAUUCUAAGAAAAAGGAGCGAGGAUUUAUACGAGCGUCUUAUGUCCGAUAAAAAGGGACAGGUGCUCUUUCCUCGCCCGUGCCCGCUUCUACGCACGCAUAUACAACUCUCGCCCGUCUUUCCUAGUCUGUUCUUGUUACUACGUAUUACAUUGACCAACAGAAACGUUACUACGGUUUCUCAGAGUGUUCAUAAAAUAAGGACAAUUAUUUUUCAGGUCGCACGACGGUUUCUUUGAACACGUAAAUUGUAGAUAACGAGGAAGAAAAAUUGAAUGUAUUAUCUCACCCCUUCUUUUCAAAUUUUUCCUCGUCCAUGUCUCCUCCUCCCCGAGUUUUCCUAUUUCCUUUAUACCGUCUGUGGAAUCGUUAUCUUUCGGCCAGUACGAAGACUUACCGAAUUUGACUUCGCAAUGAUUGGGCAAAUGUCGUAAGGCUUCGUCUUCGUUUCAAGCCCAAUAACAGUAAUACUGCAAGUGGAUAGGAGGGGGGGAGAGGGGGGGUGUUUGGGUUUUGUUAAAAAACAUAGAAGUAACUUUAAAACUAGUUUUGUUUAAGAGCAAAAAAUGCAUAACAAUAGAUUUUUGUUGAACAUUUUUAAUGAUGUAUCACUAAAUCAAAAUGAAAAUAGAAUUAAAAUGCAAAGAAACAACUGCUGACU